AUGACCAAGAACGUACAAAUUAUCAAACGUAUUGAAAUGAGUGACAUUUCAAAUGCUUCGGGAAAGAAAAAACCUACAAGGUUUGUUACUAAUGUUUCACCCAACAACACUUCCCCAACAACACCACUGUCUGACAUCACAAAUGUGAAUGCAUCAUCUUCAUCCAAUGCUCUAAAAACAUCAUCACAUUCAACAUUACAAACAAUAUCCCACAAAGUUCAUUCACCCUCUUCAUCGAAUGCUUUGAAAACACCAUCAUCUCAGACAAUGCAAAGAAAUUCUCACAAAGAAAAUAGUUUCUUCAUACCCCCUAAUUGUCGAGUUGCUCAAAAGUUUACCGAAUUACCUCCAGACUUUUCCAACAACCAAGAUACAAUUCAGCACAACACAACUCAUUCAACAACAACGAAACGGAAACAAUUUAAUACACAAUAUAUUCCAUUUUUUGAGUUGAAUGAAGAUUUCGUUGAACCUUCAGAUUAUUUGGAUUCUGGAGAUGCUGUAUAUGUUUGCUCAGUAUGUAAAGCUAAGGUGUGGCAGGGAGAAGCAAUUCGAGGAAAUAAGGAUUUAAAGAAAACAUGUUAUUCCAUUUGUUGUUACAAUGGAAAAGUUGAACUACCCAGUCUGAUUCACCCACCUCAGUUGUUGCUUGAUUUAUAUAGCGGUCUUUCGGAAAAAAGUCAAAACUUUAUACAGAAUAUACGUCGAUACAAUAUGAUGUUCGCAUUCACAUCUAUGGCUGGAAAGAUUGAUCACACCGUUAACUCAGGAGGUGGUCCUUAUGUUUAUCGAAUGCAUGGCCAAAAUUAUCAUAUUGCAGGCAGCUUACUUCCCGAAGAGGGUGAAUCACCAAGAUUUUGCCAGUUGUACAUGUAUGAUACAGAUCAUGAGGUUCAAAACAGAUUCAAAUCAUGCGAGUCUAAUAAGAAGAAAAAGACCACAUCUAAUGAGUCCAUGGCAAAUCCGUUUUCUCUUGAGUUCUGGACUAUUCACGAGUUGAUGGGCUUAUUGGAUUUCAUUAAUCCACUGGCUAAACAAUUUAGAAUGGCACGUGAUCGCUUUGGUUCAAAUCCAACAGAGCGUAUUAGGUUGAAAUUGAUUGGGUCAAGAGAAAAUGAUGGUGGGCAGUAUAAUCUUCCUACCACAAAUGAGGUAGCUGCCCUCAUUAUAGGUGACAUUGAUGGGUAUGAUUCAAGGGAUAUCGUAUUGGAAACGCAAAGUCGACAACUUCAACGUAUUAAUGAGUUGCAUCCUCAAUAUCUUGCACUUCAAUAUCCUUUAUUAUUCCCUUAUGCCGAAGAUGGAUUUCGAGUCGAUAUACUACAUCGUGGUGUUGAAGAUCCAGAAUCUGAUGGACGAAUAAGUCAAUUGAAGGAUGAAAAAACUUUGGGUGAAGUCGGUGGAGUUGUAUAUACGAUUGAGUUUCAAAAGAGGGGCCUGCCAUAUUGUCAUGUAUGUCUGUUUUUGGAAAAAAAUUCUAAAAUUCCAAAUCCCGAAGACAUAGACCGUGUUAUAUGUGCUGAAUUGCCAGACAAGGAUAGUGAACCCGAUUUGUAUCAGAUUGUUUGUGAUAACAUGAUACACGGACCUUGUGGCAACGAUCAACCAUUUAUGCCGUGUAUGAAAAAAGGCAAAUGUUCAAAACGAUUUCCAAGGGAAUAUACCGAUCAUACAUAUAUUGAUGAAGAUGGUUAUCCUAUUUACCGGAGACGUAACGAUGGAAAUAAUGUCCUUAAAAACGGUGUUUCUUUAGACAACAGGUUGUCAUUUCACCUCGAACACAAACAACCUGUUGUUUUUAAACCAAACCAACAUCUUAAUCAGGUUGUUUCUAAACCGACUGUCGCUGCUUCUCAAUUUUUAGCUUGGAUGGAAUGUAACAAGCAUGAUGAAGAUGCACGGAAGUUGUCAUACGUUGAAUUCCCAACUAAAUAUGUUUGGAAUAAAUCAGAUAAGAUAUGGACAAAAAGAAAAACCAAGUCCAAGGCACUCGGUCGAUUAAACCACGUUUCUCCCAAGGCUGGUGACAUUUACUACCUACGGAUUUUGUUGAACAAAAUCAAGGGUCCUACAUGCUAUGAAGAUAUCAAGACAAUUAAUGGAAUUGUACAUGACUCUUACAAAGAUGCUUGCUAUGCUCUUGGUCUAUUAGAUGAUGAUAGAGAGUACAUUUCGUCAAUAAACGAAACACAUCAUUGGGCCACAGCUUCUUUCUGCCGGUCUCUCUUUGUUAUGUUGAUUACAUCUGAUAGUUUGUCAAGUCCUGCUCAUGUUUUUGAAGAGACAUAUCAAUGUCUUUCUGAUGAUGUCAUUCACGUUCGUGAACAAGAAAUCGGCGUCAGAGGCCUGAAGUUAAAAGAGGAUGCAAUUUUCAACCUUACGUUGUCAUACAUCGAGAAAUCAUUAUUGAGCUGUGGAUUGAGUUUGAAGCAAAUACCAAAUAUGCCGUUUCCUGAUCAUAGAUACAUUCAAGAGUCAUGCAAUAUGUUAAUUCAAGAUGAGCUUAACUAUGAUCCUGCUAUUAUUGAAGUUGAGCAUCAAGAUUUGUAUUCCAAAUUAAAUGUCGACCAAAAAAAUGUUUAUCACACCAUUAUGAAUGCGGUUAACAACAAACAAGGCAUCGUUACAUUCAUCAAGAUUAUGGAGUGA